AUGGGAUCAGUUGUGAGGACCGACAUUGUGAUCGCGAUACGUCCACAACACGUGGCCAACAUCGCCUCCGGUAUCAAGGAUCACGAGUACCGCAAAUACCUGCUGCCUCACGCAGUGCGGAGGUUCUGGAUUUACGAGACGAGCCCGACGUCUGCCAUCACUUACGUCGCGACGGUCAGCCAUGGCAAACAGCCCGGGGAGAUUGCAAACGAACAAGGCUUGCGCAACAAGGAGUUCAAUGAAGGGAAGCUCACGCAUCUUGCGAAAUACGCCUACGAGAUUCUCGACCUCAAAAAGCUGGAUUCCCCUUUGAAGUUACAGGAUUUCAUCGCCAAAGGCUGGUUGGGCGGCCCGCCACAGAAGUACUGCUAUAUCAAGGAUGCUAUGAUGAGGGCACUGCGCAACUCCCCGACGACACGUAUCAUUCCUGCCUCUUCACAGGUCUCAGAUCGUGCUGGAGACAAUCAGCAACAGACGGUUGAUCAUCAGAUACCAAUCGCAUGUAGAAUGAGUGGCUGCAUGUAUAUGGGCUGA